GGAGGAAGGAUUCCACCCAAAAUUCCAAUCCCCAUCCCCACCUUUCCCCGCCGCGCGCGACGGCACGACGGCGGCGGCUGCCGCCAUGCCCCCCUCUCUCGCGCUGGCGUACUCCUCACUCCUUCUCCCUCCCCGCCGUGCGCUCCUCGCCCCGCCUCCCCGCUGUCUCGCCCCCAACCGCCCAUCUCUCCGCGCCCACUGCCGCCUUCUCGCGUGCACGCCCCGGCGGCCGUUCCUCACGCCUCGCUGCUUCGCUUUCGCCGCUAGGACUUCGGCGUCCGCUGCGGAACCGGCGCCUGGAGAUGGAGACGGCGUCCCGGCGGCGGGGCGGAAGGGCGCGGGGUACCGGAACCGGUUCCUGGACCUGGCGCGGCUGGGGGCGGUGGCGGAGGGCGCGGCGGAGGCCUUCUUCCGCAGCGAGAUCCGGCGGCGGCUGGCCUUCACCGCAGCGCUCAUCGUGCUCAGCCGCGUGGGCUACUUCAUCCCACUCCCCGGGUUCGACCGCCGCCUUAUCCCCGACUCCUACCUCAGCUUCGCCCCGCUCCCUGCAGAUGACCUUGUCGAUUUCUCCUCCGAACUGAAACUGUCAUUUUUCCAGCUCGGGAUCAGUCAUCAAAUUUCAGCAUCUAUUGUCAUGCAGGUUCUCUGUCAUGUUCUUCCAUCACUUGAAAAGCUCCGCAAGGAAGGAUUAGACGGGCAUGAGAAGCUAAAAGGCUAUAUAUGGUGGCUAUCUUUGGGUUUUGCAACUGUGGCGGCUUUUACUGUGUCAUGCUAUUCCCUACAGUAUUCAGUAUAUGCUGCAAGUUACAGGGUUAAGCAUGUAGUUAUAACAAGUCUUUUGCUUGUUCUUGGUGCAAUGUCAAUGACAUGGAUUUGUGACACCAUAUCAGAAUCUGGAUUUGGACAUGGCUCAUCUUUGAUUAUCUGUGUGGGAAUUUUGACUGGUUACACAGAGACACUACAUAAGAUGAUAACUCAGUUUUCAGGGAAUUUUUCCAAGUGUUGGCCUUACAUCCUGGGAGUAGCUGGAAUUUUUAUGAUGCUCACCAUGGGGGCUGUGCUGGUGACUGAAGGAUGCAGGAAGAUAAAGCUUCAGUACUAUGGAUUCAAAUUGGCUUCUGGUGCAGGGAAAGAGAGCACCCCAGUUACAGAGGUUGAGCCAUAUAUUCCCUUCAACAUCAAUCCGACUGGAAUGCAGCCCUUGCUUACAACCUCAUACCUACUAGCUUUUCCAAGCAUCAUGGCCAGCAUUUUUGGCUCACCGUUUUGGGAAAACUUGAAGGAAAUUUUGAAUCCAAGGACUUCAGGUGGUGGUAGUCCCUGGGUCUAUUAUUUGACAUAUGCUUUUCUUGUCUUCGUCUUCAACAUCUUUGACAUUGCCAACUUACCCAAAGAGAUAUCUGACUACCUGAAUAAGAUGAGUGCGAGGGUACCAAGGAUAAAGCCUGGAAGAGCAACAGUAGAUUAUCUUACAAAGAUACAAACAUCAACGCGUUUCUGGGGAGGCCUACUACUGAGCUUGCUGGCAACUUCCUCUUUAUUGCUUGAUCGAUAUCUCAGGCAUAUAAAUGAGGGGUUUUCUAUAGGAUUCACAUCAGUCUUAAUUAUUGUGGGCUCAAUUAUUGAGCUGAGAAGGUCGUAUCAAGCAUACAAUGUGAUGCCAGCACUAAGCAAAGUUUUGAGGAGAUAUGGUGCUUAAGCAUAUGUAAGCACAUAUGUUGGUGAUGAUAGCUCCAUCCACUAGACCAAUAGAAAGAAGAGCAUGAAUUGGAAAGUCUCCUGGGGUUACAGCUCGUGGUGUUGCAACCUCAAAUGGUGCCAAUGCGAACACUUAGUAGCGCACUAUGAUGAGAAGGUUACACAACUUCUGCUAGAUUCAUUGAUUGGAUUGGAACGGAAGGAUUGUGGUUUUACACCGGGCUUCAUUGACAAAUUGAACUGAAGAAGCAACAAGGACGUCCAGGUGUUGUUUCAAGUGUAGGAAAUAUGAACGGGUGAGAUAACCGCUUUCAUGCAUUUGUACACCGUCAGGAGCCGUUGCUGCAAGUGAAAGAAAAUAUCAGGUUCCUGUUUGCCAUGCUGUAUGAAUUUCGGGGGCGGGUCGCAUUGCUAAUCUGUUCACUGGAGACUUGGAUUUGUAAUUUCUCCACGGUACAAAUAUCUUGCAGACGUGAACAUAAACUGUUGAAUGGUGCAUAGUUGAUUGUUCUGUUCGUGUACGCCUAGAGGUGAAGAA